CGCACGUACGGACCUGUCAGUCGGAAAUGCGGGUGCCUAGCAGACGAAGUACCAGCGCCGCUGAACUCAGAUGAAUUACACACACAGAAAAAAAAAGAAGUGGUUUAUUUUUCUUUUUAGUGAUGCAGGAAUGAAAAUGAGCAGGUUGCACCAGUGAGAUGGUUGACCAGGUAACGGGGGCUAGCACGCUUUGCUAACACAGACAGACAGACGGCUCCUGCUAGGAGAAGCUAGUAGCUCGGUGUUUGGCUAGCUGGCUAACACCACCACCAACAACCGCAGCCGCCGACCCUCGACACCCUCACUACCGUUUCGGUGGGUCGCCUCCACCGCGUUUCCUUUACUCUCCACCGAGGAGCUUGUCGGCGGAGUCGUAGCUGUGGCGGGCCAACGCAAGCCCGGGAACCCUCAGCGGACACACGGGCGGACGCGUCGCAGUGACAACGCCGGCGUGGAAGAGCUCUUCUCGCAACAUGGCCGAACUCACUGCCUUUUCCCCGUCGCAAUCUCCAGCCUUGCUUGAUUCCCACGCGCCUCCCCCUGCGUCGCCGUUGGCCCCCAGUUCUGCCCUCUGCAAUGAUGUAAAUGUGACCGUACACACUCCCACCACGCUGUCGACGGCACCACUACCGAGCCUGUCAACAGAGCUUGCAGAGACCCCUGUGGGCUAUGAUCAGGCGGCGCCGCCCCAGAAAGCGGAAGAGGCGGAGUCUGGUGCUUACAUAGAAGCAGAUGUGCCGCAACCUGCGCCCCCUUCCCUUGACAUCAGCCUUGGUCCCAACCUGUAUCCCAGCGUGCGCAUCACCCAGAAGCCUCCCCCCACUCCUCCAGCUGAUGUCCCUGUGGCACAACCUGCAGCGCCCCAUGCAGCGGCACCUGUGGAAGAGAAACCACAGCGAGCCCCCAAGAGUCCUCCCCCGCCCGUGUCCCCCAAGCCUCAAAGUCCCAUCAAAGCACAGCCGCCGCCCUGCACCCCGCCUCUCCAAGCGGUGCAUCCCAGCCCAACGGUGCCGUCCCCCACCCCCAUGGUGCCGGUCAUCCAAGAACUUUCCCCCAGCGUACCCCCGCCGUGCAUCCCCCCUCCAACGGCGGGGCACCCCAGCCCCACAGUGUCCCACUCCAGCCCCACGGUACCACUCAUCCAAGAGCCGGCACCCAGUCUACCCCCACCGGGCGCCCACCGGCCGGCCCCUGACACCCUCAGCUACCUGGAGUCUGCCAGCCUGAUGUCAGGGACGCUGGAGUCGCUGUCGGGCCUCGGGGACGACGGGAGUUCGCUGGGUUCUGACUCUGAAAUCAAUGGCUUGGCGGUUAGGCGUACUGACAAGUAUGGAUUCCUGGGCGGCAACCAGUUCAGCGAAGGGAGUGACAAGGAAGUGCGGGUGGAGGUGUCCCGGCAGAGGGAGAUGAAAUGGCUGGACAUGUUCAACAACUGGGACAAGUGGGUCAAACAUCGCUUCCAGAAGGUAAAGCUGCGAUGCCGGAAAGGGAUCCCUUCGUCUCUCCGCUCGAAAGCGUGGCAGUUGCUGUCCAACAGCCAGGAGCUGCUGGACGCCAACGCUGGCAAAUUUGAGGAGCUGGAGAGAGAGCCGGGGGAGCCCAAGUGGUUGGACAUCAUUGAGAAAGAUCUUCAUCGGCAAUUCCCCUUCCAUGAAAUGUUUGCUGCCCGCGGCGGCCAUGGGCAACAAGAUCUGUACCGCAUCUUGAAGGCCUACACCAUCUACCGGCCUGACGAGGGCUACUGCCAGGCGCAGGCUCCCGUGGCCGCCGUGCUCCUCAUGCACAUGCCCGCCGAGCAAGCCUUCUGGUGCCUGGUGCAGAUAUGUGAGAAGUAUCUCCCCGGUUACUACAGCGCCGGGCUGGAAGCCAUUCAGCUGGACGGCGAGAUCUUCUUCUCACUGCUACGCCGGACGUGUCCCAUGGCUUACAGACACCUGAAGAAGUUCAAGAUCGACCCCAUCCUCUACAUGACAGAGUGGUUCAUGUGCAUCUUUUCACGCACGCUGCCCUGGGCCUGCGUGCUACGUGUAUGGGACAUGUUUUUCUGUGAAGGGGUGAAGAUCGUAUUUCGGGUGGGACUAGUGUUGCUCAAGCAGAUGCUGGGCUCGGUGGACAAACUGCGGGAGGUGCAGGGCAUGUACGAGACUAUGGAGCGGCUCAGGGGCAUCUCACCAGACACCAUUAAGGAGGACAGCUUGGUUCAAGAGGUGAUCCUUCUCCAGGUGACGGAGGCACUGAUUGAGCGUGAGUGCAGUGUCCAGGUGAGGAAGUGGCGUGAGUCCCGUGGGGAGCUGACUCACCAGCCGGGGCGCCGCCUGCACGGCACCCGGGCCAUCUUCGAGCACAGGCGCCGCGCCGCCGCCAUCAGCUCGGGCGGCAGCUUCUCCUUCCUGGCCAGCUCCGUGCCGCCGCCGGGACCCCUGCGGGCUUCGUCCUCUCUGCUUUCGCUUCCGGGUUUCCGCAAGUCCAGGACGCCGUUUCACUCGCACGCCAAGAAGAGCUCCUUCUCGGGGCCCUCCUUUUCCGAGGGGGCGCGGCCUCAGUCUCCCCCGGCCGUCAGCCAGAAGCCGCCCAUUCCUCCUGGGGCGGCACAGAGGGUACCGCAAGUCCAGAGUCCCCUAGUGGGGGCCGGCCCACGAGGUGGUCACAGCGCACCGGCGCCCAACGCUUUAACCCCCACCCCGAGGAUUGUUUCGGAGCAGAUCACUCCCACUAUCCCCUCGCCAACCGCCAACAACGCCCCGCUGAUGCCGGGCACCGACGCCAUCAUGAAAGGGGAAACCGAGUCCCCGCCGGCAACGCCACCACCCCGUGUGGAGGAGGACGGGCGCAAGAAGAAGAAGAGCAAGGAGGACAAGAAGAAGGAGCGUGAGGAUGAAAAGAAGAGGCUGAAGGAAAAGAAAGAGAAGGACAAGGCAGAGAAGGAGAGACUCAAAAAGGAGAAGGAGCGUCUGGAGAAAGAGAAGAAGAAGGCGGGAAAGAAGAAGGACAAAGGGGCGGCGGCACCGGGGUCUGACCACGAAAAAAAUGGCGAGCCUGCCGCAGCCAGAAGUUCCGCCUCGUUGGAGCAUGAAAAGAAAAAGGAGGCUGAUUAUCGGACGCCUGGUCGACUGGAACGCCGUCGCACGUCGUCGUCAUUAUUCCACGUCGUGUUCUGGAACGUUUUUUGGGAGUGGGAGCUCGAAGCUUCCUGCGACGUAACUGUGGAGCGUUCGCUUGUUGCCAUGACAACAGCACAUCAGUGCAGUGCGAGCAACACUGACUCCCCUUUUUUGUCGUUGUCCUCUUGUUGUCGUAGUUGUGAAGGAUCUUUGUGCAUCCAAAAUGUCCUCCUAUGUUAAAACACUCCUAAGUACACACAAACACACACACGUGUAGCGUUUCCACGAACGCUCCUAUGCAAACGAUGACUGGCGCAAUACGUCACCGUGGUUACCAGGUGCGGACUCAAAGAAAGUAGUGCAUUUAUGUCGGAUCCUUUGUGCGUUUCUCGUCUGGAAAAUAUUCCAUCGACACAAAGAUUUAUGAGGCUCUUGUCUUUGUUUUUUUUUUUUUAUGUGUUUUUGAGUUUACAAGCUACUCUCACUCUAGUGAAAGUGAAUUAAUUGACGAUAGUCUAGCUAAUUGAAUUCAUUCCUCCACAUCGACAAGUGAUGUAUUUAAUUGAUUAAUGGUGAUGAUGACAUUUGUGAUGAGUAAUAAACUAUAAUAUAUUAAA